CCUGAUCAUGGCUUUGUAUUGGAUAUAUUCGUCCAUUUUUAUCCUCUACGCUGUCAGACCGUGCCAAGGAUUGAGGAAUUAUCCAGACAAUGAAGUUACGCUGCUGGACUCUGUGUCGGCGUUGGGUGACCUGGGCUGGGAGGCCUACCCAGCGGAGGGGUGGGAGGAGAUUAGCGUGAUGGACGAACGGAACACGCCUAUGCGCACCUACCAGGUGUGCAACGUGAUGGAGGCCAGCCAGAACAACUGGCUGCGCACGGGCCUGAUCCCUCGCCACGGCGCCCAGCGCGUCUACGUGGAGAUCAAGUUCACGCUGCGCGACUGCAACAGCCUCCCCGGCGUGCCGGGCACCUGCAAGGAGACCUUCAAUGUCUACUACCACGAGUCCAACUCGGAGACGCCGCCGCCGCUGCGGCACCUGCGCGAGAGCCAGUACGUCAAGAUCGACACCAUCGCGGCCGACGAGAGCUUCACGCAGACGGACGUGGGCGACCGGGUCAUGAAGCUCAACACGGAGGUGCGCGACAUCGGCGGGCUGGCCAAGCGCGGCGUCUACCUGGCCUUCCAGGACCUGGGCGCGUGCAUCGCGCUGGUGUCCGUCCGCGUCUUCUACAAGCGCUGUCCGCUGGCCGUGCUCAACCUGGCGCGCUUCGCCGACACCGUCACCGGCGGCGACUCGGCGCUGGUGGAGGUGCGAGGGGCGUGCCUGGAGGACGCCGAGGAGCUGGAGCCGCCCAGGAUGUUCUGCAGCGCCGACGGAGGCUGGCUGGUGCCCAUCGGGCGCUGCGUGUGCCGCCCGGGGUUCGAGGAGGUGGACGGACACUGCCAGCCCUGCCGCUCUGGUUUCUACAAGGCCUCAGCCAUGGACGCGUACUGUGUGAAGUGUCCCCCGCACAGCUACUCCCACCAGGACAAGGCGUCCGAGUGUGUGUGUGAGAGGGGCUUCUACCGCGCCGAGACUGACCCCCGCUCCAUGGCCUGCACACGUCCCCCCUCGGCGGCGGGCACCCCGAUCUCGACGGCCAAUGAGACGGCGGUGACCCUGGAGUGGAGCGCUCCGCGGGACAGCGGUGGCCGUGGCGACGUGACGUACAGCGUGCACUGCCGCCGCUGCUCCAGCGAGCCGGGCGCCGAGCGAUGCACGCCGUGCGGAGGCAGCGCCCGCUUCACCCCGCGCCAGUUCGGCCUGGCGCUGCCCCGCGUGCUGGUGACCGAGCUGCUGCCACGCACCACCUACAGCUUCAGCGUGGAGGCGCUCAACGGGGUGUCCCACCUCAGCCCCAGCCCACGCACCCUCACCACCGUUAACGUCACCACCAGCCAGACCGGACCACAUGCUGUGAGUGUGGUGCUGAAGGAGCGGAGGAGUAAGGACAGCAUCACUCUGGCCUGGCAUGGACCGGACUCGUCAGAGGGGAACGUGCUGGAGUACGAGGUCACCUACUAUGAGAAGAACCAACGAGACCAGAACUACACGGUCCUGAAGACCAAGGCCAACGUGAUGACGGUGGACGGACUCAAGCCGGGGACGACCUACGUGUUCCGAGUGCGGGCGCGCACUGAAGGUGGCCAUGGCAACUACGGCGGCGAGAUCGAGCUAGAGACGAGCCACGAGGACAUGCUGGCCGUCGGAGACCCCAACCAGUCCACCAUCCUGGCCGCGUCUGUGGCCGGGGGCAUCGUGCUGCUGGUGCUGCUGGUAGCGUGCUUCGUCGUGAGCGGACGACACUGCGGCUACAUAAAGGCCAAGCAGGACCCAGAGGAGGAGAAGAUGCAGUUCCAACAUGGCAGAGUCAACCUGCCAGGCAGCCGUACCUACAUCCACCCACACACAUACGAGGACCCCAACCAGGCGAUCCGAGAUUUCGCCCAGGAGAUCGACGUGUCCAGCAUCCGCAUUGAGAGGGUGAUUGGAGCAGGAGAGUUCGGGGAGGUGUGUAGCGGGCGCUUGCGUCUGCCCAGUAAGAGGGAGAUCCUGGUGGCCAUCAAGAGCCUGAAGGCCGGCUACACGGAGCAGCAGCGACGAGACUUCCUGUCCGAGGCCAGCAUCAUGGGCCAGUUCGACCACCCCAACAUCAUACGCCUGGAGGGAGUGGUCACCAGAUGUAAGCCAGUAAUGAUCAUAACAGAGUAUAUGGAGAACGGCUCUUUGGAUACCUUUCUAAAGAAGCACGACGGGCAGUUCACGGUGCUGCAGCUGCUGGGGAUGCUGAGGGGCAUUGCGGCGGGCAUGCAGUACCUGUCCGAGAUGAACUACGUGCACCGGGACCUGGCCGCCCGCAACAUCCUGGUCAACAGCAACCUGGUCAGCAAGGUGUCCGACUUCGGGCUGUCGCGGGUCCUGGAGGACGAUCCGGAUGCUGCCUACACGACCAGGGGCGGUAAGAUCCCUAUUCGCUGGACAGCGCCGGAGGCCAUCGCCUACAGGAAGUUCACUUCAGCCAGUGACGUGUGGAGCUACGGCAUCGUCAUGUGGGAGGUCAUCUCGUACGGAGAGCGGCCAUACUGGGAAAUGUCCAACCAAGAUGUGAUCAAGGCCAUCGACGAGGGCUACCGGCUGCCGGCGCCCAUGGACUGCCCAGUGGUGAUGCAUCAGCUGAUGCUGGACUGCUGGGAGAAGAACCGCAGCGAGCGGCCCAAGUUCGGCCAGAUCGUGUCCACCCUGGACCGGCUCAUCCGCAGCCCCAGCUGCCUGAAGCCCCUGGCCAACAGUGCUUCCAGGAACAAUAGCUACACAGUUGACCCCCCAUCCCCGGAGGCGGGCGUGAGCACGGUGGAGGACUGGCUGGAGUCCAUUAAGAUGAGCCAGUACAAGGAGCACUUCACCACCGCGGGAUACGUCACCCUGGACUCUGUGUUGUACGUCAGCACCAGCGAGCUGGGGAAGUUGGGUGUGGCUCUAGCCGGCCACCAGAAGAAGAUUCUCACCAGCAUCCAGAGCCUCCAGGCCCAGCAGCAGGGAACUCACGUCCAAGUAUAACACUCUGCUCCCAGCGU